GCUGUUGGUCGCGGAGCACCAUGCAGGCGUCCCGGGACAGCAUCCAAGCCGAGCCAGGCUGGUACGUUUCUGCCCAGCAGCCGGAGGAGGCGGUGGCUGCAGAAGAGUGGAGUCCGUUGCUAAGCAACGAACCUCGAAGGCAGGGAUCCACUGGUGCUUCAUUUGGUCUCUCUGUCUUUAACAUGAUGAACGCCAUCAUGGGAAGUGGCAUCCUUGGCUUGGCUUAUGUGAUGGCUAAUACGGGUAUCCUUGGAUUUAGUGUCCUGCUGCUGUUAGUAGCUCUCCUGGCUUCUUACUCAGUCCAUCUCCUGCUUGCUAUGUGCAUCCACACAGCGGUGACGUCUUACGAGGAUCUUGGACUCUUCGCUUUUGGAUUACCUGGAAAGGUGGUGGUGGCGGGCACCAUAAUAAUUCAGAAUAUUGGAGCAAUGUCAUCUUACCUUUUAAUUAUUAAAACAGAGCUUCCCGAUGCUAUUUCAGAAUUGUUGCCUAGUGACCACAGUGGGUCCUGGUACCUUGAUGGUCAGAUGCUGCUCAUCAUCAUCUGUGUAGGCAUCGUGUUCCCUCUCUCACUGCUCCCCAAGAUAGGCUUUCUUGGCUACACAAGCAGUCUAUCAUUUUUCUUUAUGGUGUUCUUUGCUCUUGUGGUAAUAAUUAAAAAAUGGGCCGUUCCUUGUCCUGUGACCUUAAAUUGCAUCAAUGCUGUCUUUCAGAUUUCAAACGCCACAGAUGACUGUAGGCCAAAGCUCUUUCGUUUCUCCAAAGAGAGUGUUUACGCCAUACCAACCAUGGCCUUUUCAUUUCUCUGCCAUACCUCAGUAUUGCCCGUCUACUGUGAGCUUCAAAGCCCUUCAAAGAAAAGGAUGCAGAAUGUGACCAACACAGCGAUUGCGUUGAGCUUCCUGAUUUACUUCGUGUCUGCACUCUUUGGUUACCUCACUUUUUAUGACAAAGUGGAGUCAGAAUUGCUACAAGGUUAUAGUAAAUACUUGCCACAUGAUGUUAUUGUCAUGGCUGUGAAGUUAUGCAUACUAUUCGCUGUGCUUCUGACAGUCCCUCUAAUCCACUUCCCUGCCAGAAAAGCUUUAAUGAUGAUACUUUUCUCAAAUUAUCCGUUUUCCUGGAUUCGACAUUCGCUGACCACAGUCACACUCAACGUCAUCAUUGUUUUACUUGCGAUAUAUGUUCCUGACAUUCGAAAUGUAUUUGGGGUCGUUGGCGCCAGCACAUCGACAUGCUUGAUCUUUGUGUUCCCAGGAUUAUUUUAUCUUAAAUUCAGCAGAGAGGAUUUGCUCUCCUUGAAAAAGCUUGGGGCCUUGCUCCUGCUCCUCACAGGCACUGUGGUUGGAAGCUUCAGUUUAGUGCUCAUCAUUUUUGACUGGCUCAACAAAUGAAAAAAAAAUUUUUAUGAAGAAUAACUGACCUCUGUAAACAAGAAGAGAUCAUCAUGGAAGGGCCUUAUGUGAAAUAUACAUUCUCAGGAAAAUUGUUUAGAGGAAAGCGGGACAGAGCAGCAGUGUGGACUUAGCUAUUUUAAUUUUAACCAAAAUUAGAAAUACUCAAAAUACUUGAAAUGUUCUUAAAUGCGCAGAGUCACUCGUUCGUUUGGGAGUUUUGUUUUCUGUGUUUUGUUUUGUGUUUGAGGCCGGACUUGGCUGUGUAGACCAGGCUGGCCUUGAACUCACAGCGGUCUGCUGUUGGAAAUUGGUACUAAUGCUUUGUCUUAAUUCAGCUCCCAAAGCUGCACUUCCAGACCCUGCCCUCAGCUGGCUUCAAUUGAUAGUAAAGAAUUGCUGUACAGCCAAUGGCUGGGCAGAAAGACGGAGGUGGGACUUUUAGAUUGUGUAGGCAAGGGACCAGGAGAGAGAGGGGAAGAAGAGAAUCACCACAACUCGGAGGCAGAGGGAUUAGAUUUAAGAGCUGUGGGAGAGAAACCAUCCAGCAGUGUAGGUGGAAAGGGAAAGUGGCCUGGGGGGGUGGGGUGGUGCUCCCCAAUAGGUAACAGGGCAGCGAAGAUUAAAUGUAGAUUUAGAAGGUGUUAAGCCAGGAAUACCGAGGGAAGCGUGUGCUAGCAGCGGGAGGAUUAGAAGUACCCAGCCAUUGAGUUAGUCAAGGCAUAUCAAAAUGAGCUGGGAUGGAUACAUUUUUCAUUCCAGAAUCUAAAGAGCUCCUGGGUGGGCGCAGCUCCUGUGUGACCUGCCAGGAGCCAAAGCAGGCUGACCAAUUCACUUGCUAUAGUCUGCCUGCUGCUGAGUCCUGCCAAUUGCUAAGGUUAGGAACUGUGCCACCAUCUUGGCACAUGCCUAGCAUUUGUGACAAAAAAAAAAAAAAAAAAAUAGCCUUUAUUUAUUUUUUUUAGAGUAGUUUUAUGUUUCCAGAUAUAUUGAGCAAAUGCAAUGAGGAUUCCAUUCCUUACUCCGACUCUGUAGCUUUCCCUGUUACGAAUGCCUUGUGUCAGUGUACCGAGUGUUACACCCAGGGAUGCUGAAGUCCAUGGUUGACAUUAAGAUUUAUCCUUGGCCAUCACUGAUCUUCUGACCAGAAUGCCAUGAUUGGGAUCAUGUAGGACUGUGUGCAAUUUUCAGGCUGACUUCAUUGAUUGAAUACCUCGUUUUCUGUACUGAGUAAUGUCCCAUUAUAUGGAUGUAUCAUGUUUCUUGAUCCACUCACCUCAUGGAAGACCUUUCUGCUACUCCCAAGUUUUGCCAGCCAUCAAUAAAGAUGCUGAAAAUGUUUGUGUGAA